AUGGAAUCAUCGUCGUGCCACUCAGAGACGGUGGAUAUCAGCGCUAUCUCCCCCAUCCAUGAAGACGACGUUAUUAUCAACGUGGACGGAUUUGUGCCGUCUCCCCCUCCACUGACCCUCCUGCCGCCAAUGGAUGUGGAUGCAGACGCUGUCCAGGGGGAGAAGCUGCUUGCGAUAAUGGAGCCCUGCAAUGAUGCUGUGUCUCUUCUACAGAAGCACCUGAGCACAAUGGAAAGUGAAAACAUGGCAGGAGGACAAGCAGGGAUUUCGCAAUGUCUAACCUCCUUCGCUGUGAGCCACUGCCGCUCUACGAAUGAUUCAGGCUACAUCUUUGAGCAGUUCUUCAUGCGUUGCUAUGAAGAAGUCUUCCAGGCACAUCUUGCAGUGGUGCUGGACGAGGUCUUCACUGCCAUGUACACGCAGAUGGUGGCGAUCCCAGCUCUUAAAAUGAUCACCUUGCACGGACGUCGCAUCAUAUGUAUGCAGCGUGACUUGCAUAUUCGCAGCCUGAUUGAGCUGUUUAUCAUGACUUCACCCAAGGGUGGGAAGGCUGGCCGCAAACAAAACCGUCCUCACACCCCGCCGAAGAAAAAUAGGAGAUUGGUGCCGUGGCAAUCAGAAAUCGGACGGCAACGCCGGUCCUCACGUAACUAUGCCUCGGAAGAAGCACCAGACGGACGUCUGAACGUUAAUAACAAGAUUGGCGGUAGCAACAGUGGGGGACGCGGAAAUGGCCAAAACGACACGACAGUCGCUGGGGCUCAAUUGUCAUCCCCAAGCCCCUCGCUCACUCGUAGACUUCGUACGUACGAAAUAGUCAAGCCGGUGGCACGCAGACGCUCACCGAAGAAGCCGCCGACGGACGAAGAACUAAUGGACCUCGAGCGCCUCGCCUGCCCGAACCAAAGAUAG